AACAAAUUCAGCAACAUAAUUAACAAACCUAAAAACAGAGCCUAUAGCCGAGGCUAUGAGUAAAAUUCACAACUUAGUUUAUUUGCAAAAUUCAAAACAGCUGACACAUUGUUUGUGUUUUGCUCUACCUUUCUUUCAGUUUCCUGACUGUACACUCAUUUCUGUUUUCUACAAAGUCAGUACAUGUCAGUUAUAAAAUAAUCAGUCAAUGUAGAAUUAGUUUUAGGUGGACCACUUUACCUGAGGACACUGGCUGAAGUGUAAAACCAUGUUUUUAUGUUUUAUAUUUGUUUUUGUUUAACAUGCAUAUUUUUUCGGGAACUACACGGUUCCUGUACCUCUCUGAUACUUACUUGUGAUGACUUUGCUAUUAUUCUAAAAUUAUUUGAAUUGCGUUAUAAUAAGAUAAAUUCUAAAGACUGAGCAGGAGUGUCCAAACUUUUGACUGAUAGAUUAUCGCUGUCUGUCAUUAAAAUCCAUUUCAAAAUUAAAAAGAUGCAAUGCUAUAUUUUUAUGUUAAAUGAUCCGUUUGUGCUGCUCAUCCUUAUUCUCGCUACAAAGAUAUUUAUUCCAGCACCAGAGUCCGCACACAGAGGUAGACGGCAGAUCUGCCCUCCAAUCGACAAGACGCGGUUGCUGGAUCGACGGCUCUGAUUGGUUUAGAGGACUGUCCGUCACAGCCUUUUUUCGCGAGCGGACCAAUCGGAGGCGCCUGCUGACCCCGUUCACCCCGCGCAGUGCGCUGACGUGCUCGUCACGUGAUGUUUUCGCUGGGCUGUAGUGAUGUGUAGCCACCAUGAGUGAAGCGGGCAAAUAAAGAUUUAUAAUGGCAGCGAGCGAUGAUGGAGGCUCUGCGAAGAUGCAACGUUUCGUCGUGCUUGUCGUGCUGAAUAAUCACCAGGGGGAUACAUCGGAAAGCAGCACGGAUUACUCGAACGCGUAAUUGUAUCUGAGCUACGAGCCCGCAGCCAACAAAAUGGGCCGUGCAUCAGUGUAAAGCGGAGGUAAAGUGACCUUUCAUCGCAUUGUCCCAUGGAAGAUCGGCCGCAUUUACCGAAUCACGGCGUCAUGUUGACACUGGAGGCACAACCGCGUCGCGCUGUCAUGAAAACGGCCGCGACCAACGGCGACAUCUCUUGUGCUGCCGGGGAGCCUCCAUCCUUCUCCUCCGCCUCCUCCUCCUCCUCCACCACCUCAAUCAAUAACAGCGGCUCCCGUUUGCCCAUGCACUUAACGGCCUCCUCUCAUUCUCAGCCACAGAGGAGGUACCAUCCGCCUUACCACUUUAAAGUGCAUCAUCUGUUCCCGGAUGAGAACCCUCAGGAUGCUGUGUUGAGGAAGAACCUGCCACCCCUCCAGUAUAAGGUGCACGACUCUGCCUUCUGCCGCGUACUCAGCGCCGACACCACUGCUGCUGCCCUGGCCGCCGCCGCCGCCUGCUCCGGUGGCGUGGACAGGGACAUAUGGAAAUGUGGCUAUCUCAGAAAACAGAAGCACGGCCACAAGAGGUUCUUCGUGCUGAGGGGCCCCAGCAACCUCGGGCCCAGUCGCUUGGAGUAUUACGACAGCGAGAAGAAAUUUCGAAACGCCCUCAAAGCUGCUGCCUCCGGUGUUGCGUGCCCUGCCAAGAGGGUGAUUUAUCUGUCCCAGUGUUUCACGGUGAACAAGAGGGCUGAUGCUAAGAACAAAUACCUCAUUGCCCUUUACACUAAAGACGAGUAUUUCGCCGUGGUGGCGGAGAGCGAACAGGAGCAAGAGGAGUGGUACUUGGCCCUCACCGAACUUAUGACGGAGGGCAAGAAGGGGCAGCUAGACAACGACGAGCUCGACGACGGCUACGGGACGAUUUCGCCAGGUACUAUUUUCAAGGAGGUGUGGCAGGUGAACGUCAAACCUAAAGGCUUGGGUCAGACCAGGAAUCUAAUGGGUGUGUACCGUCUGUGCCUUUCCGCCAAGACUAUUCACCUGGUGAAGCUGAACUCGGAGACGCCCGCCGUCAACCUGCCGCUAAUGAACAUUCGCCGCUGCGGCCACUCCGAGAGCUUCUUCUUUAUCGAGGUGGGCCGCUCUUCUUCCAUUGGGCCCGGCGAGAUCUGGGUGCAGGUCGAGGACUCGGUGGUGGCGCAGAACAUGCACGAGACCAUUCUCGACACCAUGAAGGCUCUGAAGGCCUUUCCUGACUUCAGGCCGCGGAGCAAAAGUCAGUCCUCCGGCUCGAAUCCCAUGCCGUUUAUCACUACUCGCCGACAUCUCGGCAACCUUCCCCCAAGCCAAACCGGGCUGCAGCGCCCCUCCAGGACAGAUUCGGUGACGGGCACGCCGCCUACAGGGAAAAACAGAGGCCGGGGCCAGCGCUACCGGACCUCUAGUGAGGGCGAAGGCACUCAGGACCGCCCCCUCAGCUCUGGCACGGGCAGCCUGGUGCAUCUAAAUACCCCCGUUCUCAGCGUGGGCCGAGAAGAAAGCGGCAGCUGCUGCGCCCACGCCUCUCCUGGUUCGAGCCACCACACCCGGUCCGCUUCCCUCCCCGUGUCUCACUUCCUGUCUGCCACCAGCCCCAUCAGCGUGUCCAGCAGCAGCGGGCAUGGCUCAGCCUCAGACACGCACACUCGCCCCUCCAGCUCCUCCAUUUGUGGCUCCCCUAGUGAUGGAGGAUUCAACUCCUCCGACGAGUUCUGCCCCAGCCCGUGUGACUUCAGGUACUUUCACGCAAGUUGUACCACGCCCGAAUCCCACGGGAGCACUCCGCCCAUUCGAGAGGACUAUCGGCUGACUGAAUACAUGACCAUGGAUUGGCACAGAGAUGGGACGAGGACUUUCGAGGAGGAGAGCAGUUACAUGGAGAGGACUUUCCUUAAGCUAGCACAUUCGUCCAAGCCAAAGCUUGGAGGCGGCUUGAGUAUCACGCAGCAGAAAGCUACGCAAACCUCAUCCUCUUUAGACGAAUCGAGCCCGGUGGAGUCAAAACGACACCAGGUUUGCUCGUGCCUGCUGAAGUCAGCCUAUAAGUCUUACUCUGAAUUACAUCACCCAAACAAGCCUCCCUUGCUCAGCUCUGAGUGUCAAAAGAAACUGCCAAAAGACGACGGCUACAUGCCCAUGAUCUACAGCAUUGCUCCCUCUCCUAAUGCAGAUUACACCCCUAUGCAACCCCGAGCAAACCACCCCGCCACCCUGGACAUUCACCCCUGUUCCUCGCAGCAAGCGGACCGUUAUGGAUACAUGAUGAUGCUCCCGGGUGACAGCCCGUCCAGUAGGGAGCAAGCGGAGUACGACGACUACAUGGACAUGUCCCAACUCACCGUGGCCGAAGGCUUUUCGCAGGCUUCGCCUGAAGGUCCGAAGACCUCGUACUUCUCGCUCCCGCGCUCCUACAAAGCCCCGACACGAGAAAAGCGAGAAAAGUUGGAAUACGUUCCCAUGUCCCCAGUCGAGCCCAUAAGCCCGCCUAGUCCCGGAGAGUAUAUUCACAUGGACUUCGGCUCCCGUCCCUCACACGCCGCUGCAUCUCCACCCUCCGUAACUUCACCCUCCACUCCUCCGCCUUCUCAGCCCUGCUAUCGGCACUGUUGCUCCUCACCCGACCACGACUACUUGGGCCUAAACAUGGACAGUCUCCUGAAGGACCGCCCUCCUCGACACUCGCUCGUAGCACCGUGGAACCCGCCCAACUACGCCCGUCCCUUAGGGUGCUCUUACGGGCAGGCGUCGACCAACUUAGAUUCUGAAAAGGUGCACGACGAAUGCGGAGAUGGUCCGUUGAGAACAAUGCAGCACCUUUGUAUCUCCGAGCGUCUGCCGUUCGCUCAUACGGAGCCCAAGGUCAUCAGGGCGGACCCGCAGGGAAGGAGACGACACAGUUCGGAGACGUUCAUCCCCUCGCCUGCUUCUUUUGCUGGCGGUUGUGGAAUCAGGCCCUCAGCCAAUCAGAAUCUCCCCGAAGCUAGCAGAUGGCAAAACUCCAGCUCCUUCGAUAGCAUGUGGUCACACUCAGACGCCUCUCCCAAUUCUGCAGCCCUAGCGGCGAGCUCCGCUAGCGGAGGGGCGCCUCAGAACACCUCAUCCAGCUACCUCAACUACAUCGCUCUGGACCUGAGAGAAGUGCCCAGGGUCAUACGCGACACUCCCCCUCCACACCCAGCUCAUAGUAACCUCCAAGAGAGCGAUGCUUACGCUGGUAUAGACUUCUCCGUUUCGGGAGGACGUGCCACUGCCUCAAAAGAUUGAGUGAGUCAAACGCUGGUGCCCGAAGGGGAAUCAGGACACGGAGAAUCCACUGAACUCUGGAACGCCGAAGAGCAAGCCGCCUCCUCCUCCUCCUCCUCUCCUCCUCAGACCUCCAACAACAAAGACUGAGAAACUGCACAACCUCUUAUGCUCUGUAUUUCCCACAUAACUGCCUCAACAACCGGUUUCAUUUGUCCGUUUUUGUCCGAACGAUAAUAUUUGGGUUCGUUUUCGUUCUCGUCUUCGGUCUCGUUUACUAGAGCGGGUUCGCUAACUUAGAACUGUGAGCUUCAGAUAUCUAGCACUUCUAUUUUUGUGUGUGUACGAUACGAAACGCGCCAUAGCUCUUAGGUUACAGGUUUAUGUUUCUCCACGCAAAAAAAACGGAUGUAAAUAGGAGAAGCUUGUAUAUCAGUGAGCAUCAUUUUGUAUAACGAGCCGCGCUCAUCGCCCCGACACUCGCCGUACUUGGUUUUUAUUUGUAUAAAGUAAUUGAGUAUUUUUUCAGGGGUCAACAGUGAACGCACUGUAAAGGGUUCGAGCUUACGUGUUUCUUUCGUAGUGUACAGUCAUGAGAUCAUCUCACUUGGUGUUUCCGGUGCAUGAAAACGUCCCCCUGCGAGAGCGUCUGAGAAACGAGGCGACGCCGGGCGAAUUGAAAGUACGAGAGCACUUUUUAGCCGAGACAGUGUUUCCGAGUUAACUGGAUGCUACCUCCUGUUCACGCCGUUGGGAAAACGCUCACGAAAUCCUCUCAGCCUUGCCUGUAUUAGUGCGAUAUCGACUCUGAGAUGCAAAAUACCGUCAUUUCCACGACCGCGGCUUCUCCGUCCUCGUUUAAAAUAGCCUUGUUUACAUAGAUUGGGAGUGUUUUUGAGCCUCGAUGUAGCCACCGGUCACAAAACAAUGACGACGACGAUGUUUACUACUUCUUGUGGUUGUGUACUUGCAUUUCACUACUAGUCUUACAAACUGCCACAGUAGCGAAGGAUAACGUCGUGCUACUUUGCAUUCCCCACGUGGUACAUCCUGUUUGUUGUUUUUGUUAAUUUAUUGAUUAUUUAUUGUGUGUUUAUUUAUUGACGAAUAUAGUGCUGAGAGGGGGAGUUCAGUGUAUAUACAACUUCAGACGACCUGUUUUCCCCUCAUCUCUCUUGAGCCUUUUUUGACUAAGAGUUACUAGUCUCUUUUUUUUUUUUUUUUUUUUGCUUGUACCUGGAAGCUUUAUAUGAAGAGAUUUUGGGUUGAGGUUGUGGUUGUGGUUGAAAGCUGUGUAGUAAGAUGUGUAAGCUUUACAGUAGUAGUCCAGAUUAUGUUGGGACGAAACCAUACGUCGGUGACUUUUCCCAUUGGUUUUGGCGGCGGCCCGCGUGCGGCCGCUCUCUUUCUUUGACUAGCUUUCGUCAUGCUAUUGUGUCAUGAUAUUGCGUUGCUUUAAUGUAAAAUGUGAAAUGAAAAACAGUAGUAUACCGUUUCUUGGGGAUUUUUCUACACAAUAACUACCGUGACAGCCUGGAAAAAUAAUCAAACUUGUGUUUUUUUUAUACUAGGGGCUCUACUGAGGUUAUAUUUUGGGGAUACUGAUAUUGUUUGGAAUUGUGUCGUUUGCCUUUUACAAUGACUGAAAGGAAGAGCUGGACAAAAAAAAACAAAGAAAAGAAAAGAAAAGAGAGAUGGGCAAAGUCUGUGUCAACAAUUUGCUGUUCAUUCGGUCAGUACUCACUUAGGCUGAAAGCUUGUGAUUGGGUUGAAACAUGUUGAUAAUAAUGACUGGAGCAGACCAUUAUCAGCGCCGUCUUCCUUUUGUAAAUAUUGUAAUUUUUGAUAUCCCUUCUCUCGUUAACACGCUACACGGCACCUCGCUUGGUUUCAAGGAUGAGGGUGUUUGAGAUUUUUUGUUUUGUUUUUGUUCUUUUUAUUUGGUCACUUCUACAUUUUUAUAUUUUGGUUUUCGUGUAUAUUUAUUAGAUUGGGUUUUGCUUGUAAUAGAGCUAUUGCAAUAAAAAAGUGCCAAGGUAUCCCUGA